AUGACGAGCUGCUUUGGAAGAGACAGGAAUCAGGUCCUUGACCUCUUCGCAUGCGAUCCCAAAGGCGAUCUCAAGUCUUGCUGCGCUGCUGGUGACUCUUGCGCGAGCAACGGACUGUGUGUUACGUCUAACAAAGACACAUUAAGUCCUUAUUUUAUUAACGGAUGUACGGACGAUAAUUGGGAUGAUCCAACGUGUCUGCAUCAAUGCGAUGACACGGGAAAUGGAGUUGUGCCCUGUGGAACAGGAAAAUACUGCUGUUAUGGUUACGGUGGCUGCGACUGCAAUAAUUCAACACAAGUUUUCACCUUGGAUCCUGUCAAAAUCGUAACGACUAUUCCCACAGACGCGUCAAUGGUGGACGAGAAGACAUCAACGAUUAGCGACGCUACUACCGGAACGACUUCGACGACUCAAUCCACAACCACAGGCACAAACACAGCUGCCGCCGAAACCACAUCCUCAGACAGCUCUUCUAGCAGCAGCAGCAACGCGCUACCUAUCGGCUUGGGAGUUGGUAUCGGAGCAGGAGUCGUUCUUCUCGGACUCGGAGUAGGUUUCUGGCUCUGGAGGAGAAAGAAGAGAGCUUCCAAGCCAACGGCUAUUCCUGAGGAGUAUAUGGUCAAGCAUGGAGCAGACAAUACGAAUGCUGGGCAUGGCCACUAUCAACCAAUGAAGCCGGCAGAGUUGAGCGCAGGAGGAACCCCAUCUGAGUUACCGUAG